UACCUUAAGUCCUCGCGUGGAGAAAGAUGUCUUUUGUAGAAUCGUUCAUUUGGGAAAGCUCUGUCAAGGUUUUUCAAAAGUCUGGGGGGUUUUUUCUCGUUUUGUCCAUUUCCUGAGGUAAUGUUGGGUGGGUCCCUAUGUGUCUAGAGCGUGGCGAUGCUGCCGAUGGAGUGUUCAAUGCCGUGCUCCUGCUGUUAGCGCUGCGCUGCCACUACAGAGGCUCCGGGCCGGUUUGUCUGUUCCGGGAAGGCGGGUCAGUCUUUCCGAGCUCACCCUCUGCCUCACGCUGCAUUGGUAAAAGCCUUGUGAGACUUUUAUUGCCGCGUUUCUCAAAAGGCACUGACUCUCGGGUCAGCAGCAGGGAGCUCAGGACUUCCCGCGGGCUGGGGGCAGCGGGGAGCGCGGACAGACUCGGGACAGGUGACGGAGCUCUCCGUGCGUUCGGAGUAAAGCGGCGGCCUCUCCUGGCUCAUCCCGACCCUUUCCGGCACUUCCCUCCCCGCUUCCAUGUGCGCGCGUCCUGCCCCGGGCUCAGCCGAGGGCGAGCGGCGGCACCGCGCGUGUGCGCGCGUGUCCGUGGGCCGGGCCGAGCGGCAGCGCGGGCAGCGGGCGGCGGCGGGCGCAGUCCCAGCGCGCACCGCUGGGUGGUGGUCUCGGCUAAGGCGCCGCCGAGCCCGACCCAGCCCAGCUCAGCACAGCCAAGCCCAGCCCAGCUCCCAACAGCCCAGCCGGGCGGAGCGGGCAGCGGCUGCGGCAGCGAGCGCUGGCUCUGCCAGCCGAGCCUGGGACACCGCGGCUGCACUCCGGGCUGCCGAACCGACCGGAAUACAGAGGGAGAGGGAAGGUACCCGCCCGCUGCCGCUUUCGUUGGGGACUACGGGAGAGAUCCGCGAGAAGGAGAUCGGACACCGCCGCCGCCGGAGGAGGGCCAUGGCGAUGGCAAGGCAAGUGCUUUGUGUGUGUGCUUUGCUCUCCCUGGCGCUCGCUCGCUCGCAGCCCAUCCGCUACUCCGUGGCCGAGGAGGCGGACAGCGGCUCCCUCGUAGGCAACCUGGCGCAGGACGCGGCGCUGCCGCCGGCGCAGCUCUCGGCUCGCCGCGCCCGCCUGCUGGCCGAGGACGGCCGGCAGCACUUUCGCCUCGACCGCGCCAGCGGCCGCCUCGUCGUGGCCGACAGGCUCGACCGGGAGCAGCUGUGCGCCCAGGCCGACACCUGCACGCUCGCCUUCGAGCUGCUGCUGGCCGACCCGCUGCAGUUCUUUCGGGUCGAGGUGGCCCUGCACGACAUCAAUGACCAUUCGCCCGUUUUCCCUGCGGAACGAGUCACUUUUAAGAUCCUUGAAACAAGCGACCCGGGCUCUCGUUUCCCUCUGGAGGUUGCUCGGGACCUUGAUAUUGGCAGCAACAGCGUCCAGGCAUACAGCAUCUCUCCCGAGAAUGAGUACUUUAGUGUCUCCUAUGGGAGUCGGAUUAAAGGCAAGAAAUAUGUUGAACUUGUUUUAGAAAAGCCUCUAGACAGAGAGGAGCAGGCAGAGAUGGAUUUCAGUCUCAUUGCUGUUGAUGGAGGCACUCCACCCAGAAGUGGGACCACACAAAUUCACAUUACAGUUCUGGAUGUCAAUGACAAUGCUCCAGUCUUCACACAUGAACUGUAUGAUGUGCAGGUUUUAGAAAACGCACCAGAGGGCUCUGUGGUUCUCAGUGUGCUGGCAACUGAUCAGGAUGCGGGAACUAAUGGGGAAAUCUCCUACCAGUUCAGUGAAGCAGUUGACCACAGUGACUCAGCAUUCGAGAUUGAUCCCACGAGUGGUGAAAUUAAACUCACAAAGCCCCUGGACUUUGAGGCAGCAGGGACUCACGAACUCAGUGUGAGAGCCACAGAUGGUGGGGGCCUUUCCGCAAUCUGCAAGGUGUUGGUGGAGGUGUUGGAUGUGAAUGACAAUGCCCCGGAGCUGGUGGUCAGUUCCUUCAGCAGUCCCCUCCCCGAGAACUCAGCGCCCGGCACGGUCGUUGCCCUCUUCAGUGUCAGGGACCGCGAUGCCGGGGCCAACGGCAAGGUCUCCUGUGCCCUCGACGAUCAGCUCGUCUUCUCCCUGCGCCCAGCCUACAAGAAUUACUAUGAGCUGGUGACGGUGAGUGCCCUGGACCGCGAGGAGACGGCUGAGUACAUGGUGACGGUGACAGCAGCAGACGCGGGCUCCCCUCCUCUGACGAGCAGCCACACCUUCAGCGUGGCCAUCUCGGACGUCAAUGACAACGCGCCUGUCUUCAACCAGAGCUCGUACACCAUGUACGUGCGUGAGAACAAUGUGCCCAGCGUGCUGGUUGGAGCCGUGAGUGCUGCAGAUGCCGACGUGGGGCUCAACGCCAAGGUGACCUAUUCGCUGUCAGCGGGGCAAGCGGCGGAGCGGCCUUGGUGCUCGUGCCUGUCGGUGAACUCGGAGAGCGGGCAGGUGUUUGUGCUGCGAGCGCUGGACUACGAGCAGCUGAGGCAGAGCGAGGUGGUGGUGAGCGCCUCUGACGCGGGUUCUCCUCCGCUGCGAGCCAACGUCACCGUCCGCCUGCUGGUGCUGGACGAGAACGACAACGCCCCGCUCGUGCUGUACCCGGCGCCCGACAGCGGCCCGGCCUCCAGCGAGCUGGUGCCCGUGUCGGCUGAGGCGGGCUACCUCGUCUCCAAAGUGGUGGCCGUCGACGCCGACUCGGGGCAGAACUCCUGGCUCUCGUACCACCUGCUCAGGGCCACCGACCCCGGGCUCUUUGCCGUGGCUGCCCAAAGCGGCGAGGUGAGGCUCAGGAGGCCCGUGACAGACAGAGACAGCGUCAAGCACAAGCUCGUCGUCCUGGUGCGAGACAACGGCCGCCCACCCCUCUCAGCCACCGCCGCUCUCAGCGCACUCCUGCUCAAGGACUUCUCCGACCUGCGCCAACCGCACGGCAGCCCCGCCACCGACGACCAGCCCGGCUCCCUCACCACCUACUUAAUCCUUGCCUUGGUCUUCGUCUCCCUGCUCUUCCUCGCCUCCACAGCAGCCUUCGUGGCUCGCAGGCUGUGCAAGAGAAAGGAGCUGAAGGCUGCCCACGUGCUUGACGGGGCCGACAACUUGCCGAGCGGCCUGGCCGAGGCAGCUGCUGCAGGGACCCUGCCCCACCCCUACUGCUACGAGAUCAGCCUCACCACGGGCUCGGGCAACAGCGAGUUCAAGUUCCUCAAGCCCUUCGUCCCCAGCCUGACACCACAGCCCUGGGCCAUGGGCGGGGGCCCCAGUGAGGAACAGGUUUUCCCUUGUGUCCCUGUCCCCACAGAGGACGUGACACCGGACGAUGCUGGGACUGUCUCUGCAGAACAGUUCAACCGUCUUUCCUUUAACUAGCACGGGGUCAGCACAGGCAGAGGCUUCAUGCCUCGUGAUAAGAAAGGAUGCAGGCUGCAGCCUGUGGGAAUGGUUUCUGCAGAGUAAAUCUGUAUUUGCAAUUGGCAUAACCAAAAUCUGGGAAAUUGUAAGUCAGGGAAUGCUUGUGUUCCAGUAAAAACCAAGAAGCAAACAGAAUAAAGGGAUGAAAAGCUCUUUAACUCAGAAAGUUGUAGGUUUCAAAACUGAUUCAGCCAUUUCUGACAGUCUUUAAGA